AUGUUGCGCCUCGUCUCUCUCACCUGCCUCCUCAGCAUCUUGCUCCCCCUCGUAUCUGCUGCUGGCCCACGCGCACUCCCCUUUGGCCACGCCCCUGACGCCAAGCGAUUCAACUUUGGUAGCACAAAGGUCAGGGGAGUCAACAUUGGUGGCUGGCUCGUCGCCGAGCCCUUCAUCACCCCCAGCUUGUUCCAAGCCGGCGGAGACUCGCGAAUCGUCGACGAGUACACCUUUGGCCAAUACUCCAAGAAGGCCUGCAGCCUCCUUGCCUCACACUGGAAGACCUGGAUCACAGAAAGCGACUUCAAGGCCAUCAGUGCCGCAGGCCUGAACACCGUUCGUAUCCCCAUUGGCUACUGGGCAUUUGACAGCGACUAUGCCCCUUACUGCCAGGGCAGUCAAUUCAGCUACCUCACAAAGGCCGUUGGCUGGGCGCAAAAGUACGGACUCAAGGUAGUCAUUGACCUCCACGGUGCUCCCGCCUCUCAGAAUGGCUUUGACAACUCCGGUCACCGCAGGACCAGCCCUGGUUGGUUCAAUGUCCAGUCCCGAGCUGACCGAGCUCAGGCUGCCAUCUCCACAAUGGCCAAGAAAUUCUCCACCUCUGCCUAUGGCGAUACUGUCUCUGCCAUCGAGCUUCUCAAUGAGCCUCUGACCACGGCCAACAUUGGAGGUGCCCUCGAGUUCACAAUCGACUACUACGAGAGCGCCUACUCGUCGGUCAGGUACGCUCAGGGCAAGAAGAGCCCCACCAGCCAGGCCGUGAUGAUCCACGAUGGUUUCCAAGACUUGUCCCGCUGGUACAAUGAGCUGCAGCCUCCUACGUACCAGAAUGUCGUCCUUGACCACCACCAGUACAGCAUCUUCACCCCUACUCAAGUCGCCUGGAACCAGACCACGAGGCUGAAUGACAUCUGCACUUACCGCUCCAAGUUGGCCAACGCCCAGUCUCACCUUUGGACCAUUGUAGGAGAGUGGACUUCGGCUAACACGGAUUGUGCAAUGUGGCUCAAUGGUCGUGGUCGAGGCAGCCGAUACGAGGGACAGUACGACAACAGUCCCAAAAUCGGAAACUGCUCGAGCAAGACGGGCAAUGGCGCCAACUUCUCUAGUGCCUUCAAGACUCAGCUGAAGCAGCUCUUUGAUACCCAGAGGGACGUUUAUGAGACUGGAUCUGGCUGGAUUUACUGGACUUGGAAGACCGAGUCGGCUAGCGAGUGGUCCUACCAGGAUGGACUCAAGUAUGGCUGGAUCACCAACAACCUCGAUAGCGAGGGAAGCGUUGAGUGCUAA